GAACCUGUGGCUUUUCUUGCCUUGAUCUUCCUUAACUCCUUCCUCACUUGAUCUACUGUAAAAGACAUAUUAGUGGAAGUUGAAGUAAUUGAUAAUCCUCGUUGAGGAUGACGGAAGGAUGAAUAUGAAUCCUGUGAACAUAUGUAAUGAGUAGCAGUGGGGGGAUGAGAGCAGGAUGUUCCUAGAUCUGGAUUCUGGUUAGAGGGGGAAGGGAAGGGAAGAGGGCCAAAAUCAAAUCUGUUAAAAAACAAGUUGAAUUAAUUUGCCCUAUUUUGAUCACCAGAAAUUACACCCCUUCCACUAUCUUGAUCAUGACCAGAUAUUGUCCUCAAUCCUCUCCAGACCUCCCUCAUAUCAUUAUGUUGAAAACGCUCCUCCACCCUUUCUCUAUAUCUGACUUUUGCUUUCCUUAUCUCCCUUCUGAGUUGAUUUUUCACCAUUCUUAGCUCUUCUUUAUUCCCCAAUCUGAAAAGUCUCCUAUUCUAUGUUCCCUCGCUCCUGUGAAGUGUGACAGAACAGCGGACCGAACACAAUGACAUCAAAUGAAGACUGGGUGCGCUGCGGCAGAGUGGUUGGACGUUGGAGAGAAAUGUGGAGGAAUUCCUUGCACUGUCCAACGGGGUGAGCUGGCACGACUCUGCUCUUGGUCCAUGCUUUCUGUUGGGGCUGGAUGAUGAGAUGAUCCGCUGCGAUCUUCCCAUGUGUGAUUUUCCCUUAAUCGAGUUGGUUAAUCUCAUCCUUUAUUUGAAUUGUUCCGAUUUCGAAGUGGAAGAAAUAAAAGAGAAUCUCAAGUCUCCUCAUCCAGCCCCCUCAGGAGCGUGCCGUGUCUCCCCAGCUCACCUCAUGCAGGGAAACCCCCUCAUACCUCAGCCCGAGACCAGAGUCGAGAGAUAGCUCCAGCCCCAGACCAGAGUCGAGAGAUGGCUCCAGCACCAGACCAGAGUCGAGAGAUGGCUCCAGCCCCAGACCAGAGUCGAGAGAUGGCUUCAGCCCCAGACCCAGGCCCAGAGUGGGUUCCUAUGCCCACGAUCAGCCCAGAGAGGGCUUCAGAUCCCAAGUCGAGUCGAGAAAGAGACUGUAUUCCCAAGUACAGCCCAGAGAGGGCCCCUAAUCCCACGUUCUGCCCAGAGAGGGCUUCUGAUCCCAAAUCAAGCCAAGAAAAGGACUCUGUUUCCCAAUACAGCCCAGAGAGGGCUUGUGUUUCCCCGCCUAGCCCAGAGAAGGCUCCAAUUCCCAAGUCCGGCCCAGAGAGGGUUCCGGUUCCCACAUCCAGUCCAGAGAGAGAUCCUGUUCCCGAGUCCAGCACAGAGAGGGCCGCUGUUCCCGAGUCAAGCCCUGAUUGUGUUCUAUUCGAUUCCAGGAUUUCCAGUGUGGUUGAAUGCACUGAUGACACACACAUUCUCAUCAUCGCACCUUCCAAAAAUGAACCUGAUUACUGUAUGGAAUGGAAGGAUACCAGAUGGAAGGAUAGUACGAGAUAUGCCAUAAACACCACCACAGCUGUUAAAUAAACACCAAUUAUUGACAAUUUAUUUGGUUAUCUUUAUUUCCUACAAAUACAAAAGGCAAACCUUUUUUUUCUGUUGGAUUUUAAUAUUCUUCCAAUACUUGGUUUUGUGGCCAUCUCCUCUUCAUCUGUUCUUCAUUAUUUGAGCCUCUGCCAUCUUGCCACAGGGUGAGUAGAUGUCAAAUGUUAAUUUAAUUACUCUAAGAAAUUUAAUAGUUUGUAUUAGAGAACAUUUAAUUGUGUAAAUAGAGCAUUAGACUUGGAAAAAACCUGGAAAACCUGCUGCACAUUGAAACCGAGUGAAUUAUAUUUAUUUAAUAUGACAAAUGUUUGCAAAGCCAUGUGCCUACACCCAUGAACCUUUUAUGCUGAAAGCUUUUCCUGAUUUAAUGAAAUUGUUUUUAUACUGCAUUUUUAGCUGUUGACAUAUCUUUGUUUUGUUUUGUUUUUUUGCCCGUGGGUUACCAUGAAAAUGAGCUCCAUUGAUCAUGGCUUUUCAUAGUUGUGGUGUACACGCUUAUCUCAAGAGUCAGCAUACUCAGAGUUGAUUGAACUAACUAAAAAUGGGGGAGGUUAUGUUCUGGUUUAGAGAUCUCAAAAUGAAAUUUAACCAAUCAGCUUCAAGCAAUGCGACAUAUCUGUGAUGCAAUAAAGCCACUAUGAGAGUUAAACUGGAGAGUUUUUCUAACUCCAAAUAAAGAACGCUACAUAGUAAAACAUUUUUAAAGAUAAAAUCAAUUUAAUUUUAGAGAUAGUAAUACAAAAAGAAAUAAUUAUUUAUAUAAUACCCUUAAUCCAUUACAAAGGCCUGCUUAGUUUAAUUGUAAUUAUUAAGCUUUUAUUUUAAAUUAAUCUAAACAUAUAAUAUGCAAUAUAAAUAAGUUUUAGAAUCAAUAGCUGUAAACAUGACUACUGUCACGAAUUGCCUGUCACCAGUCACCUGCCCUGGACUCCAUUUCCCAGAAUCCUCCCCUGCUCACACCUGGUUCCAGUCAGCUAUCUCAGUCAUCAGUCAAGAUCACAAUCACAUGGAUUCUAUCACCCGCACAUGAUGUCUCCAAUCAAGCCUCCCUACAAGAACACACUCAACCCAGUCACUCCUGGUUUGGUCUACCGUUCACAUCCCAGAACCUAGCCAGACCAUUGAUUGUCUUACCUGUAUGUUUCACUACCUCAGAUGUUCCAGUUUCUCCACCGCUCCCUGGAUUCCUGCAAGAGAUUACAGUCACUGUCACUGCAAGCAAAGCUAUCUGGACCUUGUCACGUUGUGCUUCACUCACCCCUCGUCACCUCCUGGUUGCUCCUCAGUCUCUUUAUCAAUAAAUACCCUUGUUUGACCACUUACCUCUGUGUCUCCUAGCCUGUAUUGUGACAACUACAUAUGAGUUUAGAUUAAGUGUUUUUAUACCUAUAAAUAUUAUAAACUAACUUUACAACUCUUACUUGCACUUAUAUGGUUAGAUGUUAUCUUUUAAGUUUUCCUCUUUCAUGGAUGGAUCGUUUCAUGAUCGUGCUGUGUAAAUGUUUAAAUUCUUCAUAUUGUUCAAUCUUUGGUAGUGAAUCGCACUGACUCUUUAAUCGCGUUUGGUCUUGUACUGUAUCGUGCAGGGACAUAAGUAUCGCUUUUGAUUCAUCCUCUUUCCUAAUACUUGUUUCACCUCCGUUUCAGUUUUUAUAACCAAUUCUUACUAUGUGUUUCCAGAUCACGCAUCACACACUGUAGACAGCGCAAUCCUAACAACCUGCUCACUUUGCCUGUGUCUGCCAAUACAUUACUUUCUUUUUCUAUUGGUCUCUGGAAUUGUCAACAAAGCUGGUUUCAUUACUUCCAUUGCUAGUCGUUCAAGGCUAAACCUCAUGGCCCUGACAGAGACCUGGAUCAAACCAGAGGACAAUGCUACACUUGCAGCACUCUCCGAUAAUUUCUCCUUUUCCCACACUCUCCAUUUGACUGGAAGAGUAUAGGUACGGGUCUGAGUAUAGGUACGGGUCUGCUCAUCUCUAAUAAUUGGAAAUUUACCAUCUCUGAGUAUCAACAGCUCCUUUGAAACACAUUAGUUUACUAUUACCUACCCUCUAAAAAUCCAUUUUGUAGUUGUUUAUCGGCCUACUACUGUCAUCCUACUACUUGUCCGCUUGAUCCUAUUCCAUCUCAUCUCCUCAAGCCAUUUCUUCUUCAGUUUUACCUGCACUCACAUCUUUAACACAUCCCCUUCACACUGUAGUUUUAACCUCAGCAUUUAAACAGGCUCGUAUAACCCCACUUCUUAAGAAACCCACUCUUAACCCAACUCUUUUAGGGAACUGUAGAACGGUUUACCUUCUACCUUUCAUUGCAAAAACACUGCCCUUUCAUUACAAGUCUCUGCCUUUCUCACACAGAACAACCUCCUGGACAGCAACCAAUCUGGCUUCAGAAGUGGACAUUCGACCGAAACUGCCUUGCUCUCAGUUGUUGAAGCCCUAAGACUGGCACGAGCAGCUUCCAAGUCUUCUUUACUUGUCUUGCUGGAUCUGUCUGCUGCUUUUGAUAC